AUGGAACAAAGGGAAGAUGAGCAACCAGUUUUAAGUUCAGAAACCCUGGAAAUUUCAUGUUCUUCCUUAGGGCAAGUUGAAGCACAAUCCCAUAAACGAAAAGCUGGAAGGAAGAUAUUUAAAGAGACUCGACAUCCAGUAUUCAAAGGUGUAAGAAGACGAAAAGGCAAGUGGGUGUGUGAGGUUAGAGAGCCAAACAAGAAGUCUCGAAUAUGGCUGGGGACAUUCUCGAGCCCAUACAUGGCGGCUAAGGCCUACGAUGCAGCCGCUUUGGCACUCAAAGGAGACUCGGCUUCUUUAAACUUUCCCGAGUCUGCUUAUACAUUGCCACGUGCUAGGUCAUCGUCGGUGAGGGAUAUUCAGAUUGCCGCAAUGGAGGCUGCUGAGGGUUUUAUCGAUGAUGUUGGUGAUGCUAAAGCUUCAUCAGCUUGGGAGAAUGGUGCAGGGCGAAGUUCAAAGACGUUGUUUAUAGAUGAAGAAGAGGUGUUUAACAUGCCAGGGAUACUUGAAAGUAUGGCGGAAGGGUUGAUGAUAACUCCACCAUCUAUGCAAAAAGGGUACUAUCCCCAAGAUGAUGCCGAUGAUUACGAGGAAUUCACUCUCUGGGGAGAUUAAUUAGGCCAAUUUUAGUAUUUA